UCCUCCGUCUCCAACAACACCCCCCUCCCCCAACCCAAAAAAAUAAAAAUCCUACUCUCAGUUCACGUGCGUCCCCGUCUCUCUAGUCUUUCCCCACAAUCUCCGCCUAUUCAAGAUUCACAAAUACAUACGUUACAUUCUGUAUAAUAUAGAAUACCCUCCGUCCAUAUAUAUGCAUACGCCUGUACAUACACUACUGUGUUUUUUACGUAUUCAAAAAACGAAAGUCAUCCAGCCGGCUUCAGUCAGUCUUCAUAUAAAAGGCAGCUCAGAUAAUACUGACUUUUGCUGAACUUUCGCUGGUUCGUUGGAGUCGGAGGAUUUGGCUGUUUGAUAAGAGAGUCGUGGUUGAGGAUGGCGCUUUUCGAUGCGGCUGCGAUGAUGAAGGGGCUGAGGGCGACUUACGCGAGCGGAAAGACGAGGAGCUACGAAUGGAGAGUUUCGCAGUUGAAAGCGUUGCUGAAAUUGAUGAGCUUUCAUGAGAAGGAGAUCGUCGAUGCUCUUCGCUCCGACCUCUCCAAGCCUGAACUCGAAUCUUUCCUUCAGGAGAUUGCUUUGUUGAAGGAAUCAUGUGGGUUGGCAUUGAAGGAACUACAUCGUUGGAUGGCACCAGAGAAAGUUAAGACAAUGAUGACAACAUUUCCGUCAUCAGCAGAAAUUGUUCCGGAACCUCUGGGUGUUGUCUUAGUCAUAUCAGCUUGGAAUUAUCCCUUCUUGUUAUCUCUUGAUCCCGUUAUUGGAGCUAUUGCAGCUGGCAAUGCUGUGGUUUUGAAACCUUCAGAAAUUUCCCCAGCAACAUCGUCUGUUCUUGCUAAACUUCUCGGACAGUAUAUGGAUUGUUCAGCUGUUAAAGUUAUAGAAGGAGCUGUACCUGAGACAACUGCCCUACUGCAGCAGAAAUGGGACAAAAUUUUUUAUACAGGAAAUGGAAAAGUGGCGCGCAUUGUUUCAGCUGCUGCAGCAAAGCAUCUAACACCUCUGGUGUUGGAGCUUGGUGGAAAAUCUCCGGUUAUUGUUGAUUCGAAUGUUGAUCUAAAAGUUGCAGCAAGGAGAAUUAUUGCAGGCAAGUGGGGAUGUAAUAAUGGACAAGCCUGUGUUUCCCCUGAUUACGCUAUUACAACAAAGGAGUUUGCCCCAGAUUUGAUAGAUACUCUGAGAUCUGAACUGGAGAAAUUCUAUGGGAAGGAUCCAUUAAAAUCAAAUGAUUUAUCUCGCAUUGUGAAUUCCAACCACUUCAAUCGCUUAAGUAAGCUAUUGGAUGAUGAUAAGAUUUCUGGUAAGAUAAUUCAUGGAGGUCAAAAGGACAUUGCCAAUCUAAAGAUAGCACCUACAAUUUUGCUGGAUGUCCCAGAAGACUCUCUAAUCAUGGAGGAGGAGAUCUUUGGUCCUUUACUUCCUAUUCUCACGGUUAACAACGUGGAGGACAGUUUUAAUAUCAUUAAAUCCAAAGACAAACCACUUGCAGCAUAUCUAUUUACAAACAACAAAAAGCUGAAGGAGAACUUCAUCAGGAAUAUAUCAGCUGGGGGUUUGGUUAUAAAUGACACAACCAUGCAUCUUGCAGUACCUACUUUACCAUUUGGAGGGGUAGGAGAAAGUGGAAUGGGAGCAUACCAUGGUAAAUUUUCUUUUGACGCCUUCAGCCAUAAGAAGGCAGUUCUGCUACGAAGUUUUGCAGGGGAUUUAUCUUCCAGAUACCCUCCCUACACACCAAAGAAGCUGAAUCUACUGAAGGCACUAGUGAAUGGCAGUUUAUUUGGAAUCCUUCGUGCUCUAUUAGGGUGGCAUGAUUAGUACCGGUGAAAUGAUUAAUCUUCUGCGUAAAUUCACAUUUGGAAACUAAAGAUUCCCCAAGACUGCUAGGCAGUUGUGGUUGUGUACUGUUUUCUUUUGGUUUAAGUUGGUCUUUGUUUUCUUUCAUUUGAAGAUGGUGCUUGUGGCUGUGACUUAUAAAUUCUCUCCAUUUAAAUUUGUAAAUAAUCCACUCAGACAUUUUUGCACAUUUUAUUUCACGCACCUUAUGACAAGGAAAUAAUAAUAGACACAAUAAAAGCAGAACUUUGUACGAA